AUGAUGAAGACAACAUUUUUCUUAACAAUAAUUGUGCUGUCGCUUACUUAUAGCAACGGUGAAAACUGUGAUAGUUACGGUGUGUUACUCUACGAAGAAAUUCAGUGUCAGCCAGUGAAAAGCAAAGAAGGCAAUUGCCCUAGUAAGUUUGAUUGUGAUUUUUCGAGACCGAAAAGCGGAUGUACUUUUAAAGGAAGAAAUUUCGGACCUUCCGAAGACAUACCAGCAAACUUAACGUAUUCAGGCUGCAUGAUUGGAUGUACUUGUGAGGAUUUCAAUUUUAUUCGAUGCGCCGCAUUGGACUGUCCGGAAAAUUUGGGUGCCACUAACGAAAAUUGUUACAACGAAUAUGAAUUGGAAAAGUGUUGUGCUGUAGGUGAAAUUUGUAAUAAUGCUACAACUAUUAAAAAUAAUUGUCAAGUUGAUGGUGAAACUUAUGAAAUAGGACAGCAAUUUUAUCCGAAAAAUACUUGCUACAGCUGUGUGUGUAACGAAAAUUUCAAAGGCGAAUACAAUGAAGAAAAUUGCGUGAAGCAAAAUUGCAAUUCGCAAAUACACUUUACAGAAGAAAUAAAUAAAAAAUGUGCUCCGGCCUAUUUCAAUUUUCAUUCGGACGAAGCUUUGUGUUGUCCGAAUUCGUUUAUUUGUCCCGAUACUCUGGACAGUAUCAAAAUAAUUAACAGGGAAGCUCAUCAGGAUUCUAGUUUGGAAUGCCAAUAUGGCCAGCAAAAACUGAAGCUUGGAGAAGGAUUCGAGAGGGAAAUCAACAAAUUUGGAAAGGAUAGAAAGAUGAAGUGCGAAUGUGAAUUACCACCUUUGGUUACUUGUAGAGAGAUUUAA